AAAGCGCUGCUAGCAGAAUACAGAAAUGGUGGAUGAAUCUGGGAGAGAAACAACUUUUUCUACGCAAGAGAAGAGAGAGUGAGGACAGGCAAAGAUUGUGAUGGUCGAGUGACUUUCGAUCGCAGGAUCAGCGAUGCUUCUCUGCCAUUUCUUCUCUUUUGUGGUGGCCAAGCAGAAGCUGCUUGACGCCAAGAGACAUCAUGCAGCCAGAGUUAUCCAGCUCCUCGCCAUUCGCGCCAGCUUCCUCCUGUCACGAACGAUGGUGCGGCAAAAGUUUGCAGCUAUUCGUCUUCAAUCGGCGUACCGUCAGCACCUCUCGCGCAAGGACCUCACUCGCGUCGCAACAAGAAACAAGCAGGAGCGCAAACUCCGCGAGGUCGCAGAGGAGCAUGCAGCUUGCCGUAUCUCGUCAGCAUGGCGAUGCAGAAGAAGCCGGAAAGAGAAACGGGAGCUCGAGCAAGAAAAUGCCGCUCGUUCACUUGCCAGGCAGUGGCAAAUCCACAAGUCAAAGAUGCAACUGCUGCAACUGCAGCGGGAUCAGCGGAUGAGCAGAGAAAAUGGACGCGCGCGAGACUUGCAGGGCGCCUGGCGGUCGCACGUUGCGAGGAGAAGAUUCGCGAAAGCACAAGAGCACAGACAGCUGAUGCAGAGAGCCGCGGAGACGCUGCAAGCGAGGUUCCGAUCAGCGCGUGCUCGCACAAGGCUGGUGCGAAGGUUGGAAGGCACAGAAGCAGCGACGAGGAUCCAGCAGAACUUUCGCUGCCAUGGGAGGAGGCGAAUAGCCGCCAAGAUGAAAGCAGCGAUGGAGAUGGUGUGGAGGUUUAGGAUGCAACAAGCAAGACGACAGCUGAUGAGCAUGUAUCUCGACGACCUCAUCCUUCACCUCGCUGACUCUCUCCGCGUCCCUCAACAGUCAGUCUGCUUGCAUUGCCUGAUGACUCUCGCACAUAGCAGAGGAGAAGAUUGAGAGUGAGUUCGGCAUUGUUGUACAUAUACAUAUCAUGUUGUAGUAUCUAAAAAGUACAGACGAUUCAAGC